AUGACGAAGAUAAUCCUGAAAGCGCUCUUCAGUGCUGCAAUUUCCAGCGGUAUUUCAGUAACCUUCACGACAUGUGCAGAUGAAGGAUCAUCGAGUGCCUCAUGCGAUUUCAAGACUCAUUGUCUGAAUGAAGCGGUUCUUUGUCUCUCAGGGAAAGGUCUUGUAAAUCAUAGUCAAGGGAAUGCACAUGAGUUAAGUCUCUUUUAUAGGAGAGAGAUGGAGCAACUUCCGCCAGGGCAGGUAAGCAAGGCACUGUCCAAGGCGAUGAGAGCGGAUUGGUUGGAGAAGUCGACGCCCAAGGAUUUGGUGUAGGUGUAGCUUCUCCUGGCGUAAAACCCAACGUUGCCUCCUUGGUAAGCACCAGAAAGGUGAAGAGUCGGGGAAAAGCUAAAGGGAGAGACAGCGCAAAGUCUCCCGCACGGGGAAGUGGAGGGCAAAUUGAUGGUCAAGCCGGAAGCGAUGGGCAAGAUCGAGGGCAAUCACCUUCAGCUCAGUCUCCUACACAGUGCGUGGCCACCCCUUCACCCAAAAGCGAAGCUUUUGAGGAAAUCAAACAGGAAAGAGGCAGUGAAAUUAACAGGAUCCUCAAUCAAAAUAAAGAAAUUUUGUGUGAGAAAAAGAGAAAGGCCAAGGAACUGUUCUCGUCAGUCAACAGUCUUAUGGAAGAAAUCAACGACACCAGAGAACGACGGUCAAGUCAUUAUUGAUGAUAAUGAGUAUGAACUUGUCUUUAAAGCAAAAGAUCUAAAGUUACGCUAUCGGCGUGACUUCGAAGACCUGCUCAACACUAAAUCCGAAGUUAUCUACUGCGAGAAGCUGGUCAAUCAAUGUAGGCAUCGUCUCGUAACCGAGUUUGACAAUUGGUAUUCCGAGUCGUUCCUUGGAGCCGGUGAUGAACCGAAGGGUGGCCGAGAAGGGCAAGUUCCCGAAGAUAAACAAGAGAAGUUUGAUCGGCUUCAGUUAGAGUUGUUGAUGGAACAUCCCGACUCUGUACUUUACUACAAUGCUAAGAUGCAAACUGAAUGGCGCAUGCACUUAACGGCCUGAGGAAGACAGCAAAAGAAGAGAAAGCCUGGAGCUUUGAUAGCUACAGUGCGAAACAAGCCACCAACAACACUGACUGUCACGUGAUCAAAUAAAAAUACUUUUAAAAAAAGAACACAACUACAUUCACAAAUCAUUUCAAUAGUGCCUUAUUUUCCUAAAUAAUUAGUCUAUUUCUGAGCAUUGCUACAGAUCUAGUUUAUGAACGGAUAGAGGCGCAUGCGCUGUUCCGUAUCGUUCUUCACCGGUUAUGUGUGUCUAUGAUCCGUGUCUAUAUUAUCAAGAAAUGAUGAAAAUCGUGUUUUAUCAAUUGUUCUCAACUUUAUGCAAUAUUCUCUUGACUUUGAGAUGAAGUUUUUUUCCUAUUAUCAUCACCGUUACAAUUAUUUUAAUAUUAUUAUCGUUCAAUUAAUUUCAUUACUAUAUCUAAGAUUAAUCAAUAGGAAAAUAAUCAUCCAUACACAGUUCACGCUGGUAUCCAGUAGACUAACCAAACUGACCUUAUAGAAAGAAGACUUUCUGUUUUUAUUUUCUCCUUUUUAUACUCUUAUCUUAGUUUAACGAGGGAUAAAGUGCAGACUGCUAUUUGUUUUUAUUUGAGUGGAAGCUCCGUGUAAUCAGUUUAACCUACUGUCUUGUAAG